GCCCCUGGCAAGAAACGAGACACUACUAGCCUAUUACUCCUCCCCUCCCACGCAAAGUUGCAGCUUUCUCCCUUUCUCACACUUUUAGUAUGUUCUGUAACCAGCCUAAAGUUUUCCUCCUCAUCCAUGACGCUGGCCGUUGAUGGAACGAAGAGGUCGCUAGACCACCUAUAAAGCACAAUUGGGACUUCAAUGCCUGUGAAUAUUUUUAAAUCUCUUGAUUUUGGUUAGAUGAAAUAUGCAAUGUCCGCGGGUGAGCCAGGUUCUUUCUCUGCUACAUUCUGUUUUGUUUUUGGCAGCAAGCCAUGCCGAGUUCUCGCUGCCUGGCAGCCUCCUCUCUCCCGAUGCAGAAUCAGGUCGCUUUCUCCAGUCCCAGUCAGAUGUGUCCGUGGUCCAUCCAGUCAAAAUUUUCAGAGAUGGACAGUUUCUCUCCCACUCUCUGGUACACCGCUUUAAGCAUGGGCGGCAUAAACGAGACUUGGGGCCUUUGGAGGAACGCGUUUAUUAUAAGGUGAACUUCAAGGGACGUGAUUUGGUCUUCAAUUUAACAGUCAACAAAUAUUUGGUGUCGAACGAUUAUAUUCUGGAGAGGCGAAAUGGGAGUGUUAACCGGACUGAGCACCGUACUACAGGUGAGAACGCGUGCCACCUGAUCGGCACGGUGACGGAUUCUACUAAUGCGCGCGGGACAGCCGCCAUCAGCACCUGUGAAGGCUUGAAAGGUUUGUUGACCUUGCCUGAGGGACCACACUUCAUUGAACCAGUCCAGGGGUCAACUGAUGGUGCUGUGGAGAGGGAGGGACCAGAGCCCCAUGUGGUCUACCCCAGCAUUACAGCGGCAACGCAAAGACACAAACGCAGCUCCGAGGCCCUGGACACACCGAGCCCCUGUGGGGUCAAAGAUGCGGCACGUGAUUCCCUAGUGGUGGAAAGAGAAAGGGAGGACUGGGCGAGGGAGCAGCAGGAGGAGGAUAGGGAGAAAGAGGAGGAGACGGCUCAGCAUCGCUCCCAACGCUCCGUCAGCAGAGAGAGGUGGGUAGAGACCAUGGUGGUGGCAGACUCUGAACUGAUUGAAUACCACGGCAGUGACAACGUAGAGUCUUACGUCUUCACCAUCAUGAACAUGGUGGCAGGGAUCUUCCAUGAUGCCAGUAUAGGGAAUGCCAUCCACAUCAUCCUGGUGCGUCUGAUCCUCCUGCAGGGAGAGGAGAAAGGGCUGAAGAUCGUCCACCAUGCAGACACCAGUCUGGCCAGUUUCUGUGCCUGGCAGAAGAACCUCAACCCACAGAGUGACAGACAUCCUGCUCAUCAUGACGUGGCUGUGCUGGUCACCAGGAAGGACAUUUGUGCAGGGCUGAAUCGGCCAUGUGAGACCCUUGGUCUGUCCCACCUGUCUGGGAUGUGCCAGCCUCACCGUAGCUGUAACAUCAACGAAGACUCAGGACUACCUGUAGCCUUCACCAUCGCACACGAGCUGGGACACAGCUUUGGGAUCCACCACGAUGGCCAGGGAAACGACUGUGAGAUGGAGGGCAGACACCCCUUCAUCAUGUCCAGACAGCUGAUGUAUGACACCUCCCCCCUUACCUGGUCAUCCUGUUCCAAAGACUACAUCACACGCUUCCUAGACCGUGGUUGGGGCUUCUGUCUGGACGACCGUCCCUCAAAGAAGGAUCUGACCACCCCACUGGCCCGUCUCGGGAUUCGCUACACCACACAGCACCAAUGCCAACUCCAGUACGGCCCCAAUGCCACCUACUGUCACGAGAUCAAUAAUGUGUGCCAGAUCCUGUGGUGUUCAGUGAAUGGGUCAUGUCGCUCUAAACUGGACUCCCCCAUAGAUGGUACUCGCUGUGGCCCUGAGAAGUGGUGUAUCUCGGGGGAGUGUGUGAUCGUAGGGAAGCUACCAGAGACAGUGAAUGGGAACUGGGGACAGUGGAGUAGCUGGUCACACUGUUCCAGGACCUGUGGAGCCGGGGUGCAGUCUGCUGACAGGGAGUGUAACCACCCCAAACCAGAGUUUGGAGGGAGGUACUGUACUGGCGAGAGGAGGCGUUACCGUAUCUGUAACACCAAACCAUGUCAAAAGGCCAAACCUACCUUCAGAGAGAUGCUGUGUAGUGAAUUUGACACGGUACCCUACCAGAACGAACUGUACGAAUGGGUUCCUGUGGCCAGCCCAUCGAGUCCGUGCGAGCUUCACUGUCGUCCAGUGCGUGAACAUUUCUCUGAGAAAAUGCUGGAUGCUGUGACAGACGGAACUCCCUGCUUCAUGAACAACAACUCCAGAAGCAUCUGUGUCAAUGGAGUGUGCAAGGAGGUGGGCUGUGACUAUGGUAUAGACUCUAAUGCUUUAGAGGAUCAGUGUGGAGUGUGUCUGGGCGAUGGUUCAUCCUGUGAGACUGUCCAGAUGACUUUUGAUGGUGGGGAUGGCUUCGGUUACGUGGACGUGGGAGUGAUCCCAGAGGGGGCUCGUGACAUUGUUGUCCAGGAAGUGGAGGAGGCGGGGAACUUCCUGGCUCUGCGGGGUCAGAUGUCAGAGGAGUACUUCCUGAAUGGCCAGUACAUCAUCCAAUGGAACGGGGAGUACAAGGCAGGCGGAGCCACCUUCUACUAUGAACGCAGUGGGAACCUGGAGAACCUUACUUCCUCUGGACCCACCAAACAACCAGUCAUGAUCCAGUUGCUGUACCAGGAGAAGAACCCAGGUAUAAAGUACGAGUACACCAUCAAGAAGAGCCGCCAGACAGGAAAUGAGGUAAUCAAGUCGGAGUACAGGUGGAGGCAUGGGGCCUGGACAGACUGCAGCACCACAUGUGGGUUAGGUGAGCAGCAGCAGCCUGUCAGGUGUUUUGAGCUGGAGGUGGGUGUGGUAGAUGAGUCUCUGUGUGACCCACAGAGCCGCCCGGAGGACAGACACCGCAAGUGCAAGAACAUGGACUGUCCCGUCAGGUGGUGGGUGGGGGGCUGGCAGCUGUGCUCUGCCACCUGUGGUUCAGGAGGGGUGAGGAAGCGCACAGUGAUGUGUGUUCGCACGGUGGCAGGGGAGGAGAGAGUCCUCCACCCUGGGGACUGUAAACAGCUGCUCAAACCCAAACCUGUGGUGCCCUGCAACAGAGACCUGCCCUGUGGACCCAACUGGGCCGUGGGCAGCUGGAGCCCGUGCCCAGUGUCAUGUGGUGGUAGUGUGCGCUCCCGGGCGGUCACCUGCCUGACCGCACCCAAACAAAAGUGUGACAUAGAAACCAUGCCUCGCUCCAAGUCUCUAUGUGCCCUGCUGAGCUGCCCAAGCGCAGGCCUCCGACGACGUCCGGGACCACCCCCUAAAUACCGCCGUGUCUACCCGCCCAAGAGACACCCCACCAGGCAGCCGGUUACACUCGCCUGGGGUCCCAGAAGCACCAGCCCCACCGCUACACCCAGAACCAUCACUGUGACUGAGAGAACUACAACUCCCAUCACCACCUCUCCCACCAGGCUCCUUCCACCAUCCUCCACAGCUUCUGACAUCAUCAACGUAGAUGCCUAUGAGUUGAACCUGAUAGAGGAGAAGAAUGGGAGUGUAGAGGAUAAGAAAGUUUUUUUUAUUACGACCAGUCCUACUGAAGAGGAGAACAGAGAGAGGGACAUGAGAGAAAAAGAGGAAGAAGAAAUAAAGGAGGAGGGGAGUACAUCUGGUUUUGUGUUUCCAGACUCGGGGGUGAGGUACACCCCGGGGUAUGACUAUGUAGUGGAGGACGUCAUGACAACAGGGAAGGAGGGGCAUAUAGAUUUUGACAUUUUUACCACAGCAACCUCACUCAGGACUCCCAAACAAUCACCAGCCACCAUGACCACCACCAGGUUACACCCUACAAUUACACUGCACACAAGUGUCCAAACAACAUCACAUACAACCCCACUCACAACCAGAGUACUUCGCACUACCUCCCCCUCAGCCUCACAAACCAGCACUGGACGCUGGCCCGUGACCACCCGCCACUACCCCCUCACUCGCCCCAAAACCACCCCUUCCACCCAACGGGCAACCACAGUGCCCCACACCACCCCUACACCCCUGGCACACACAGCAGGGGUGAGGAGUACACCCAAAGUCCCUUACCACAGUAAACAAGCACUGUACCCCACAACAGAAGGCACUUUCCACACUAGAGAUGCCCCCUACUCUACUAGCCCAUCAACAGAUGCCCCCUACUCUACUAGCCCAUCAACAGAUGCCCCCUACUCUACUAGCCCAUCAACAGAUGCCCCCCACCCCACUGCGAGGAUCAUUAAGCUGAAGAAGCCCAAUGAGAUCCCAGAGAAUGGCAGCUCUGCCCCCCGUUCUAAAAAGCCAGGCCCACUGGCUAAGAAGCCUGCCUCAUGUUUUAAAGGCCCCUCCCUUUGUUCAAAAGGCAAAGGUCAGAAGCAGAAACCAGAAAGUACCGUAGUGACCUUCACCAAUGACUAUGGGUCCCUGAACGCCCAGGAGCCAAUCAGCAUGGAUGUGUUCUGGGUGGUGGGCAACUGGAGCGAGUGUUCCACGUCAUGUGGCCUAGGGGCAGUGUGGAGGCCAGUGCUGUGUAGCUCCCAGCAGGAAUCGGACUGUGCCAACCUGGAGAGACCGGUACCAGCUCGCACCUGCCACCUGCGCCCCUGUGCCACCUGGCUGAGUGGCAACUGGAGCAAGUGUCCAGAGCGAUGUGAGGUGGUGGGAAGGAGGCAGCGUGAGGUGCAGUGUGUGGAUGGGCAGAAGGGACAUCCACUGAGACCGUUCCACUGCCAAGCUCUUUCCUCCAGACCCCCCAGCACCCUGUCCUGUCAUCCCCAACCCUGCCAGCCCUGGAGAACUUCCCCCUGGGGACAGUGUUCUCGUAGUUGUGGUGGUGGAUUGUGGGAGCGGCUGGUGUACUGCCCCGAGCCGCAGCGCUGUAGCGCCACCCAGAGACCAAACGACACAGAGACCUGCAACCUGCAGCGCUGCAGCUACUGGGACCCGCAGGACUGGGAGAAGUGCUCUGUGAGUUGUGGCGGGGGGAUGCAGCAUCGCGUGGUGCCGUGUGCUGUUGAGGACUCUAGCUCUGUGGAGAACAGUCUCUGUGACCAGAGCAACAGGCCUGACACAAUCAGGACAUGCAACUUGCAGGAGUGUAAGACUAACACAGGUCUGCUGUGUAGGAAGAACAGCAUGUCGUCUCGGUUCUGUGACAAGUUGAAGCUGCUGGGCCGCUGCUCCCUCAGGUCCAUCCAGAAACAGUGCUGUGUCACCUGUAGAGGGUAAACUCUGACUCGCACUACACCCACCACAUGGACCCUUCGCACACGUACAGGGCUUCCACACUGCGAUCCUAUUGGUGGAUUUCAUCUCUAGUGCAAUCAGCCAACAGCAGCCUUUUCACCAUCAUCAUCAUAAUAACACCCACAAACUGUCGUUAUCUUCAUUGGGCAGAAAUUCAUGGAGCUACGGUACUGUGUACUGCUGCUGUGUGCAGUUUCUCUUAGCCAGUCUUGCACCUUCCCAGCUCUUCCAGGGUAUCAGGCCUCCAGCUGCCUCUAAAGAUUUAGUUAUGUCAACUACUCUCCAAUAUCCCACCUGCUUUACAAUACUGAUGAAUGUCACUCAGAAUGUAUACCUGUGUAAUCGGCUGCCAUGUUGUUUUCUAUUCAACGUUCCCCCACCACAGAAAUGAUGAUGACAUCCGAUAACACUGUGUUUACAAUCCCCUUUCAGCUGGUAUUUGCCUCGUAUUUACAAAGACAUUAGGAUGUGAAAAUGGGUAUUUUCUGAUACUUAAUUAAUCCCCCAAGCAAAUUAGUAAUGAUAAGAUAACUAUUAUGUCAUCAACAUUUUCCAUGUCACUUCUGAGCAGGGAUUGGCAAAAAUGACAAAAUACAAUAACAAAGUACCAUAAAGAUCAAUGUAUCAAAAUAAACCACAAAAUACUUGAAUUUUUAAAUGUAUUUAAUUAAAAUACAUGUAUUUUGUAUUUUAUAAUACUGAAGCACUUAGCUGGCCCGAACAGCAACAGCAUUCUCAGUAACGGUUGCAGAAACGUUUUACUUGCUAAAACUGUGAUAUGUUGUUGUUCAUUUGCACUGACUGUAUGUCACUCUGGAUAAGAGUGUCUGCUACAUAACCAACAUGUAAAUGUAUAUGUGAAAAUGAACAUACCAAAAUGAACUGCAAAGCACACUGGGUAUUAUUAUUGGCCUUGUUAGAUGGCAUAAAGUUUAGCCUAAUUCUCCUAACUUGCUACGUUAAUUCUCCUAACCUGCUUGCGUAAAUUCUCCUAAACCUUCUACAAAUGUCAAUUUUGACAAAAGCUGUAUCCUAGACAAACCUUGUUUUGGGGCGGAGCUUAUUCACAUAACACUCAGCUUGCUUUGCAAUUGUCCAUUUUUACAUACACAUUUAUAUUUAACUAAUUUAGCAGAUGCUCUUAUCAGCCCGUAGUGCCAUCAGACUUCUGAUUCUAAUACAGAGUGAUACGGUUCCACAAUGGUGAACCGCUAUAACAACAACAGCAAAAUAUUUUGAAAAUACAAAUUACAGCUUUCAAAAGGAUCUUGUUAAAAACAGAUUGGAGUGUAGUUCAGUCCAGUGUAAUACAAAUUACACAAUACUCAGAAGUAUUUUAAAUACUUCACAUCUCUGCUUCUAAGAAAAUACUGGGUAAAUAGUAAAGAUGAAUGUUUUUGAAUGUUUUUGUCGAGUGUUUUUUUUAUUGUGUUAUUGUGGGUUUUUCAGUGUUAUUUCUCUCGUUUCUCUCGCUCUCCGGCGUACUGUGGCUCUGAAAAGUGAUAUAUCUGAGGCAUAGAUCUGGGAUCAGUUUACGCUCCCCAAAUCCUAACUUUAACCAUGAGGAGAAGACAUAAAACUGACCCUAGAUUAGUGUCUCUGGGUAACGUCAUACUACUCUAGUGCUGUAUAUCUAUCCUGUGGUGCUCCUCCCCUUUAUUAGGCUGGCCAAUGAGAAUGAGUUGUUGCAGGUCAUCCCUCUCAGGCCUCAGUUAAGAUCGCCGAUGUGUUUAUAUGAUAUUGUACAGGUGCUAUUAUCUUUAUUUCAAACCUUCAGCAAUAAAUGCAAUGAUG